AUGUGCUUUUGGACCAUGUUUUCAGUAUUUUGGUUGCUGUUGUUCCUUCUACUCAGCCUUGCUCCUUCUGCUGAGACGGACAAACUGUCAACCCAGGCCAGCAGCGACACUGGGAGUCUGGGCCAACUGGCAGAAGUACUACGGGCUCUCUCCACAAGUGACCACCCACCUCUCAACCAGUCAAGAAGCCUCAUCAAAAUAUUGUUGGAGAAAACUGGGUGCCCACAGAGGACAAACAGCCUGCAAGGCAAUUGCAAUCUGUGCUUUGAACCAGAUGCACUGUUACUAAUAGCUGGAGGAAAUACUGAAGAUCAGCUUAGGGAGGAAGUGGUCCAGAGAGUUUCUCUUCUCCUCCUGUAUUACAUUAUUCAUCAGGAAGAGAUCUGUUCCUCAAAGUUCAACAUGAGCAAUAAAGAGUAUAAAUUUUACCUACACAGUCUAUUGAACCUCAGGCAGGAUGAAGACGCCUAUUUCCUCUCACAGAAUGAGACGGAAGACAUCCUGGCUUUCACCAGGCAGUACUUUCACACUUCUGCAAGUCAGUGUAUGGAAACCAAAAUGCUGCAGAAAAUAUCUGGAAUACUGAGCAGUGACGGUGCUGAUGAAAAUACUCUUCCUCAGUUGGCAGCAACAAUCAUUGCUUUGUCUCUCCAAGGUGUUUGUCUGGGACAAAGAAACUUGCCUUCUCCCAACUAUUUUACAGAAUAUAUUUUCAGUUCCUUGAAUAGUACAAAUACUCUCCACUUAUCAGAUCUAGACCAACUCCUCAACACUCUCUGGACCAAAAGUACCUGUAUCGAAAAUGACAGAAUCCAUCAACUUCAAAGGAAACAAAACAUAACAAUUCAUGACUGGGGCUCUCUUAAUCUCUCUGCAGCCGUGGACAAACAGUCAGAUGAUGGUUCAAUUUCCUGGGAUCAGACUUGCUUCUCUGCUAAGCAGCUGGUGGAGAUAUUUCUACAGAACAGCCUUUCGCCCAUUUCUAAGGAGGACUUUAAGCAGAUGAGUCCAGGGAUCAUCCAACAACUACUCAGCUGCUCUUGCCAGCUGCCCAGGGACCAACAAACAAAGCUGCCACCCACUACUUUGGAGAAAUAUGGCUACAGCACAGUGGCCGUGACACUUCUCACGCUGGGCUCCAUGCUUGGGACUGCACUGGUCCUUUUCCACAGCUGCAAGGAGAACUACAGGCUUAUUUUACAGCUGUUUGUGGGCUUGGCCGUGGGGACACUCUCUGGGGAUGCUCUGCUCCACCUCAUCCCUCAGGUUCUUGGUUUACAUAAACAGGAAGCCCCAGAGUUUGGGCAUUUCCAUGAAAGCAAAGGUCAUAUUUGGAAACUCUUGGGAUUAAUUGGAGGCAUCCAUGGAUUUUUCUUGAUAGAAAAGUGUUUUAUUCUUCUUGUAUCACCAAAUGACAAGCAGGGCCUAUCACUGGUUAAUGGGCACGUGGGACAUUCCCACCAUGCUGCGCUCAACUCGGAAUUAAGUGACCAGUCAGGCAGAGGCAAAUCUGCUUCAACCAUCCAGUUGAAAGGCCCAGAUGAUUCACAGGCAGCUGAAAUUCCUACAGGCAGUAUGACAGCCUCCAACAGAAAAUGCAAAGCCAUUAGCUUGUUAGCAAUAAUGAUUCUGGUUGGGGACAGCCUGCAUAAUUUUGCAGAUGGCCUAGUGAUAGGAGCAGCCUUCUCAUCUUCAUGCGAGUCAGGAGUGACCACGACAAUUGCUAUCUUGUGUCAUGAAAUUCCACAUGAAAUGGGAGACAUCGCUGUGCUCCUAAGCUCUGGCCUUUCUAUUAAGACUGCCAUCCUGAUGAAUUUUAUAAGUGCUCUAACAGCCUUCAUAGGAUUAUACAUUGGCCUCUCAGUGUCAGCUGAUGCAUGUGUUCAAGACUGGAUCUUAACAGUUACUGCUGGGAUGUUCUUAUAUUUAUCCCUGGUGGAAAUGCUUCCUGAAAUGACUCAUGUUCAGACACAACGACCCUGGAUGAUGUUUCUCCUGCAGAACUGUGGAUUGAUCCUAGGUUGGCUCUCUCUCUUCCUCUUGGCCAUAUAUGAACAAAAUAUUAAAAUAUAA